UUAGGGAUUUCCCCAUCAUUGGCCAACCCACGUGGCUGUUGUACUAAGGAGAGAGAUGGUGUCCAGGAUUUCUGUACCUUUGCUUAGAGUCUCUUUGCUUCAAUGCAGGACAUUCUGUACCCAGGAGUUCCCUGUUGGCCCUAAUGAUGAACGUGUACAAGAACUGCUACUCAGAAUGACGGGAAUGGACUUUGACAAAGUGUUUGCUGCGAAGAAAGAGCCGCUCAAGCUGCCCCAGUACAGGUUGAUGACAAUGGAAGAACUAAAAGAAGUACAUGCAGAGACUACAGCCAAGGCUGGAGAGCUGUUGCGUAUGCCACCUAUAGUGCCAGUGAGGGAGCCACAAGGUGAGGUGGGUGAGAGGGAUGAGAUACUGGACCAGUACUUGGACAAUAAGAUGGUAUUCACUGACACUACACAGCACAAGGAGAACAAGGAACGUCGUAUUGUUGUUCGUGAGACUGAUGGCACUCUACGAGAUGCCAACUGGGACGAGAGGGACAGGAUGUGUCAGCUGUUUUUCCCUGUCCUGGGUCGCAAGAUGUGGCUACCUCCUGUUCUCCAGGGUGGCUCUGAGACAAUGGCCAGUCUCAGGUCUCACUUCCAUGUCAACAUUUUGGACCGAGUGUGUCUGCAAUGUGAGCCAGACUCAGAGGAUUACACCAAGAUUCAUCAUGCUGUGUACGAUCACACUGAUGAGAACAGACUGCACGACCUGCUCAGAUCCACCACGUACUUUGGCUCUAUGGUGUGGUACCUCGUUACUGUGAAGAAUAACAUUUCGGGACUGCUCAAAGACAUGCUUUCAAAAAAGUUAUUGUCUGAUGCAGUUGACUUACUAGCAUUGUACUCCAUGGUGUACCCUGAAACAGAGCUGCCUCAUAAUACUACAGAUACUGACAUCACAAAAAUACAGUUCAUAAAGGUAUGUACUGGUACAGUUCAUAAAGGUAUGUACUGGUACAGUUCAUUGACUAAUGUAAUUAAUCCCAUCCCAUUGUUCAUGGGUUCAUGGGUUCAUGGGUUCAUGAGCUCAAGGUAGUAGUUAACUUGAAGUUGAUCUCAUAACACCUCGUAAACAAUUUAACAAAAGUCUGGUAGCUUUUUGUGGACAUUUAUACUGAGUUUCAAAACAGUGCUGUUAUUUAAUAAUCUAUUUCGUAACUGUGUUCCUAGUGUGUACA